AUGUUUCACUCUCAUCUAUUUCGUGAUGUAUCACUACGAUCCAUUGGUUAUCUUAAUAAAGUAUCAGUUAAUUUCUUCUUUCUCGUGAAAACUCAUCUUGAACGAUUUCCAACACGUUGUUUAACGGCAUUUUGUGUGGUUCUCUGUAUUAUUGGUAGUUGGGCUUUACGUGCAUGUAGUUACUUGCCAAACAAUCAACGUUUAUCAGUAUCUGAUUCAAUGUGGUUGUUCAUUGUGACAUUUAGUACCGUUGGCUAUGGAGAUUUAACACCUACUUCAUACUGUGGACGAAGUGUUGCUGCUAUAGUCGGUUUGGUUGGUGUCUUUUCAACUGCUCUUGUUAUUGCUGUUCUUGCACAAAUGCUUUUGUUGGAUCGAUGGGAAAAAUAUGUGCAUAAUUUUGCAUUGAAGGCUGACUUGGAGAAAGAACGUAAAGCACAAGCCGCUAACAUAGUUAAAUUUACAAUAAAAGUUUGGUAUUUGAGAAAAAAAAAUAGAUCUAAAUUAUCGAUCCGAUAUCUUCAAGCACAACGGCAACUAUUUAAUUCAAUAGAUUCUCUUCAAAUUAUUAAACAAAAACAACGAAAAUUAAUCGAUCAUUGUGUUGAUCAAAUUGAUAUAAUUACUCUACAACGUAGUACAAGUGAUAAAACAUAUGAAAUUGCGAAGCAAUUAACAUUCCUGAAAACUAAAAUUGAUAGCAUGGAAGACAAGCUUAUUGACAUGAAUAUAAAUAUAAACAAUACAAUGAACGAUAUGCAAAAAACACUUCAAAUGUUAUUGGAUAAAGUUGCGAAAUAA